AUAUAUUCUAUAAAAACUGAAGGAAUCAAACAUUGGCUCUUAGAUUAAAGCAAUCACAACAAUGGCCUUGCAGAUUUACAUCUCAAUCCUUUCCAUAGCUGCUUUGGCUCUAUGCACUUCAGCAAAUCAUGAUUCGGUUAAUUUUAGUUAUAUUGGACCAAAUGGUCCUCUGAAAUGGGGAACACUAAAACAAUCAUUCGCAGCAUGCUCAAAUGGGAAAGCACAGAGUCCAGUGGAUCUUGCAAUGACAAAUAUUGUUGUGAACAAUGUAUUGAAAUCCUUAGACAGAAACUACCUUCCUACAAAUGCCACACUUGUUAACCACCAAUACAGUAUUGGGGUGCAUUUUGAAGGAAAAGUGGGCGAUAUUAAUAUAAAUGGAAUGAAUUAUUCAUUGAAACAACUUCAUUGGCAUGCACCUGCAGAGCACAGGGCUCAUGGUCGUUUACAUGACGCCGAGCUCCACUUAGUUCACUUCACAGAAGAUAACAAUAACAUAGCAGUUGUGGCACAGCUCUAUAGAUUGGGUGUUCCUGAUCCUCUAAUCUCCAAGAUUGAAGACAAGUUCUAUAAGCUAGUCAAUGAGAACCAUGCAGGCAAUAAAAAUGCUAACAUUGCUCUUGGCACCUUUGAUGUAAAUGAAUUAAAUAAAAAGAUCUAUAGAUAUUAUAGAUAUGUUGGCUCUCUUACUACUCCUCCAUGCAAAGAAGGUGUCAUUUGGAACGUCAUUGACAAGGUUCGGACACUCUCCAAGAAACAACUAGAACUUCUAAAGGCACCAUUGGGGGUAGAGUUUCAGCACAACGCAAGGCCUCUUCAGCCAUUGAAUGGUCGCAAAAUUGAGAUGUACAACUACCACACAUAGAGGCAGGAGUUCAAACACCAUGAACUAAAAUAUCGUUAAUAAACUUUAGGAAAGCAAAAUAUUCUCGUUUUGCCUUAGAUGUUACUAGUAUAUUAUCAUCUAGUCUAGACUAUGAAAGUAUUGAAGGCUGAAGCAUCAGAAAAUGGAGAGUUCUCUAUUUCCAUUUCAAAUUUAUUAAAUAACUGAUGCAUCUGUAUUAUAAUUUAGUCGAGACCAAUUAUUUAAUGAAUCUAAAAAUGCAAAAGUUGUUUAUAAA